CCGGUUAGUAACAACUGCUGUCUCUAACGGAGAGGCCACUGGGAACAUCUGGCUGGAUGGGGUGAAUUGUAACGGGACAGAGCCUGCCCUCGACCAGUGUCCUGCCAAACGAUGGCAGGUGAAUAACUGCACACACGGAGAGUACGCUGAAGUCUCCUGCUCAGGUCCGGUGCCCGUCCGUCUGGUGAAUGGGAACAACAUGUGCUCCGGGAGAGUGGAGGUCUAUCAUAACUCCACCUGGGGCACUGUCUGCGGCAGGAGCUGGGAUAUCAAUGCGGGGAACGUGGUCUGCAGGGUGUUGAACUGUGGGACGGCCCGGUCAGUAACAACAGCUGUCUCCUACGGAGAGGCCACUGGGAACAUCUGGCUGGAUGGGGUGACGUGUAACGGGACAGAGCCUGCCCUCGACCAGUGUCCUGCCAGCCCACGGGUGGUGAAUAACUGCACACACGGAGAGUACGCUGGAGUCUCCUGCUCAGGUCCGGUGCCCGUCCGUCUGGUGAAUGGGAACAACAUGUGCUCCGGGAGAGUGGAGGUCUAUCAUAACUCCACCUGGAGUCACCGUCUGCUGGCACGAGCUGGGAUAUCAAUGCGGGGAACGUGGUCUGCAGGGUGUUGA